AUGCGGUUGCGAUCAUGGCUCUUCUUCUUGCUUUGGGCCAGAAACAUCAACGCCACUCCUCCACGCGAUUACGAACGAUACGACUAUUUUGCCAUCCACCUCGAUCCAACCGCCGUUCCUCAAGAGGUGGCUCAACGAUUGGGAAUACAGUAUGAAGGACAAGUGGGGGAAUUAUCCAAUCACCACACUUUCUCUUGUCCGAAGAAUUCCUGCUCGGAUUUGGAGGACUCACUUCAAGAAUUGCAGCGGCGGAAGAAGCGGAGGCGCCGGCGGCGGCGGGAUGGGAGCGACAGAUACGACCACAGAAGCGCAAUAUCGGUUGACCUGAGUGGUGUUCUAUGGUCGGAAAAACAGCAGCUUCGUCAGCGCUUUGUGAAGCGAGCCCCUCCAUCACGUCUUGAUACCCGCACCCCCCAACAGGCCGCCGAUUCGGAUGUCCCUCAGGGGUCGGAUCAAAACCAGCAACAGCAGGAAGCAAGCCAACGCUUGGACUCGAUUGCACAGACACUAGACAUAAAAGACCCAAUCUUCAAGGAGCAAUGGCACUUGUUCAACACAGAACAGUUGGGCCACGAUCUGAACGUGACGGGAGUUUGGCUGGACGGAAUAACAGGCAACGGUAGUAUCUCUGCCGUCAUUGACGACGGGUUGGAUCUGUAUAGUAAUGACCUCAAGGACAACUACUAUGCAGAAGGAUCCUACGACUUUAACGAAAGAGAAGCUGAACCCAGACCACGUCUCUUCGAUGAUAAACAUGGCACUCGAUGUGCCGGCGAAAUCGCUGCGGUCAGGAACAAUGUCUGUGGAGUCGGAAUGGCUUACGACAGCAAGGUCGCUGGGAUCCGGAUCUUGUCAAAGCCUAUCAGUGACGAGGACGAAGCUAGUGCUAUCAAUUACCACUUCCAAGAGAAUCAGAUCUAUUCUUGCUCCUGGGGUCCACCCGACGACGGCGCAACCAUGGAAGCUCCCGGGAUUCUCAUACAGCGUGCCCUGGUCAACGGUGUGCAGAGCGGCCGCGAUGGGCUGGGGUCGGUUUUCGUUUUUGCGGCUGGCAACGGAGCUGCAAGUGAAGACAACUGCAACUUUGACGGAUAUACCAACAGCAUCUACUCCAUUACUGUUGGAGGCAUUGAUCGGGAUGGUAAUCAUCCGUACUACUCUGAGCAUUGCUCCGCUCAGCUGGUGGUGACGUACAGCUCGGGGACCCAAGAUGCUAUCCAUACCACGGACGUUGGCACCGAAAAAUGCUACAAUGGCCAUGGAGGCACUUCUGCUGCUGGCCCACUGGUUGUGGGGACCGUUGCUCUUGCACUCAGCGUCAGACCAGAUCUAUCAUGGCGAGACUUACAGUACCUAUGCGUGGACACUGCUGUGCCCGUCCAUUUAGAGGAUGGCAGUUGGCAGAAUACGACAAUCGGGAAGAAGUUCAGCCACGUUUAUGGCUACGGCAAGAUUGACGCGUAUCGUUUUGUCGAGGCCGCCAAAUCAUUCGAAUCGGUCAAGCCACAAGCCUGGUUUCACUCGCCUUGGAUCAGCGUUCAGCACGCGAUCCCUGAAGGCGACCGUGGACUUGCUGCGAGUUUCCAGGUGACAGGAGAGAUGCUGAGAAAAGCCAACCUGGAGAGGCUCGAGCAUGUCACAGUGACUAUGAAUGUCGAGCAUGGCAGGAGGGGUGAUCUGAGCGCUGAUCUGAUCAGCCCAAAUGGCGUCGUGAGUCACAUUGCAACCGCACGUCGUCCGGACGGGGCUACAACAGGCUAUGACGAUUGGACGUUCAUGUCGGUAGUCCAUUGGGGUGAGUCUGGCAUCGGGAACUGGACCGUCGUCGUCAAAGAUACCAAAGAAAAUGAGUUCAAUGGCACUUUCAUCGACUGGCGCCUGAACCUGUGGGGUGAAUGUAUCGAUCCUCAAAUCCAAGGCCUUCAUCCGCUACCCGAGGAGCACGACGACGAUCAUGAAACAGCAACCGCUAUUGUAAGCACGACCAGUGUCGAUGCAGGAAGUCCAUCAACUCCGCUACCGGCGACACCGACUGAUCAUAUCGAGCGGCCCACCAGGCCCAAACCAAGCGAGGCCACUGAUACUACGACUCCGGCUGUCACACCCACCCAAACCGUAUCUGUGCCAGCUGCAACGACAACAAAGGUCGCCGAGCCCACUCACACCUAUUCGGACAGCUUCCUUCCCGCCUUCUUCCCGACAUUUGGAGUUUCCAAGCGAACUCAAAUCUGGAUAUAUGGCUCGAUUGGGUUGAUUGUCGUCUUCUGUUCCGGUCUGGGCCUCUACUUCCUCGUCCAGCGGAGAAAGAGACUGCGGAACGACCCCCGUGACGCAUACGAGUUCGAGAUGGUUGGUGAUGCCGAUGACGAUGAACAGCAGGGCCCGAACACACGGGCUGGGCGCGGCAAAGGACGAGCUCGACGUGGUGGGGAGCUAUACGACGCUUUUGCUGGUGAGAGUGAUGAUGACCUCUACAGCGACGAAGAGACCUACCAGGACACGCCUAGCAAUGACACGGGAACAGGUUCGAGGUCUGGCAGCUUUGAAGGCCCAGAAAGGUGA